AUGACCUCUUUCGCUUUGUUUCCAGAGCCCCCUCGCUGGACAAAGAAACCUCAGAGUGGCGUGUAUAGCACCGGCAGCAGUGGAAUCCUGUUAUGUGAAGCAGAAGGAGAGCCUCAACCCACAAUCAAGUGGAGAGUCAAUGGCUCCCCUAUUGACAAUCAUCCAUUUGCUGGUGAUGUUGUCUUCCCCAGGGAAAUCAGUUUUACCAACCUACAACCAAAUCAUACUGCUGUGUACCAGUGCGAAGCCUCAAAUGUCCAUGGAACGAUCCUUGCCAGUGCCAAUAUUGAUGUUGUAGAUGUUCGUCCACUGAUACAGACUAAAGAUGAAGAAAAUUAUGCUACCGUGGUCGGGUACAGUGCUUUCUUAGAUUGCAAGUUCUUUGCUUCACCCGAGGCGAUAGUGUCCUGGCAGAAGGUGGAAGAAGCAAAGCCCCUUGAAGGCAAGCGGUACCAUAUCCACGAAAACGGCACAUUACAGAUCAACAGAACCACUGAAGAAGAUGCUGGGUCGUACUCCUGUUGGGUAGAAAAUGCUAUAGGAAAAACUGCAGUCACAGCUAAUUUGGAUAUUAGAAAUGCUACAAAACUUCGAGUUUCUCCAAAGAAUCCUCGCGUCCCCAAAUCGCACAUGCUUGAAUUACAUUGUGAGAACAAAUGCGACUCACAUCUGAAACACAGUUUGAAGUUGUCCUGGAGUAAAGAUGGAGAAGCCUUUGAAAUGAAUGCAACAGAAGAUGGCAGGAUAAUUAUUGAUGGAACUAAUCUGACCAUAUCAAAUGUCACUUUAGAGGACCGUGGGGUUUACUCCUGUACAGCUCUAACUGCUCUAGAUAGCGCUGCUGAUGUAACUCAAGUAACUGUCCUUGAUGUUCCGGAUCCACCAGAAAGCCUUCACUUGUCUGAAAGACAGAACAGGAGUGUUCGGCUAAGCUGGGAAGCUGGAGAUGACCACAAUAGCAAUAUUAACGAGUAUAUCAUUGAAUUUGAAGGAAAUAAAGAGGAACCUGGAAGGUGGGAGGAACUGACUAGAGUCCAAGGAAAGGAAACAACCCUUGUGUUACAUUUGGCUCCAUAUGUGAGAUACCAGUUUAGGGUCAUAGCCGUGAAUGAGGUGGGGAGAAGUCAACCCAGCCAGCCGUCGGACCACCAUGAAACACCACCAGCAGCUCCGGACAAGAAUCCACAACACAUAAGGGUUCAAGCCUCUCAGCCUAAGGAGAUGAUUAUAAAAUGGGAGCCUUUGAAAUCUAUGGAGCAGAAUGGGCCAGGACUGGAGUACAGAGUCUCCUGGAAGCCACAGGGAGCCCCAGUGGAGUGGGAAGAAGAAACAGUCACAAACCACACAUUGCGGGUGAUGACGCCUACUGUCUAUGCUCCUUAUGAUGUCCAAGUCCAAGCUGUCAAUCAACUCGGCUCUGGGCCUGAACCUCAGUCAGUGACUCUCUAUUCUGGAGAAGACUAUCCUGACACAGCUCCAGUGAUCCAUGGGGUGGACAUUAUAAACAGUACAUUAGUUAAAGUUUCCUGGUCAACAAUUCCAAAGGACAGAGUACAUGGACAUCUGAAAGGAUAUCAGAUAAAUUGGUGGAAAACAAAAAGUCUGUUGGAUGGAAGAACACAUCCCAAAGAAGUAAACACUCUAAGAUUUUCAGGACAAAGAAACCAUGGAAUGGUUCCUUCCCUAGAUGCCUUUAGUGAAUUUCACUUAACAGUCUUAGCCUAUAAUUCCAAAGGAGCUGGUCCAGAAAGUGAGCCUUAUACAUUUCAAACACCAGAAGGAGUACCUGAACAGCCAACUUUUCUCAAGGUCAUCAAAGUUGAUAAAGACACUGCCACUUUAUCCUGGGGACUACCUACAAAAUUAAAUGGAAACUUAACUGGCUAUUUAUUACAAUACCAGAUAAUAAAUGACACCUAUGAGAUUGGAGAAUUAAAUGAUAUCAACAUUACAACUCCAUCAAAGCCCAGCUGGCGUCUCUCAAACCUCAGUGCAACUACCAAAUACAAAUUCUACUUGAGGGCUUGUACUUCAAAGGGCUGUGGAAAACCAGUCACUGAGGAGAGCUCCACAUUAGGGGAAGGGAGUAAAGAUAUCGGGAAGAUAUCAGAAGAAGUAAAUCUUACUCAAAAGAUUCACCCAAUAGAGGUAUUUGAGCAUGGAGCUGAACAUAUCGUUCGCCUAAUGACUAAGAAUUGGGGUGAUAACGAUAGCAUUUUUCAAGAUGUAAUUGAGACAAGAGGGAGAGAAUAUGCUGGUUUAUAUGACGACAUCUCCACUCAAGGCUGGUUCAUUGGACUGAUGUGUGCGGUUGCUCUUCUCACACUCAUGUUGUUGACUGUUUGCUUUGUGAAGAGGAACAGAGGUGGAAAGUAUUCAGUGCAGCUCACAACAGGGCAGCUGGCUUCCCUGAUUGUAAGCAAGCAAGAGAAAGCACCCAGUGACAGUGAUGAAAAACCUCUCAAAGGAAGCCUUCGGUCUCUUAAUAGGGACAUGCAGGCCACAGAAAGUGCUGACAGCUUAGUCGAAUAUGGAGAGGGAGACCACGGUCUCUUCAAUGAAGAUGGAUCAUUUAUUGGAGCUUAUACUGGAUCUAAGGAGAAAGGAUCUGUUGAAAGCAAUGGAAGUUCUACAGCAACAUUUCCACUCCGGGCAUAA